AUGAUUUAUCCCAUGGCAGUGCUACCGGCCAGUUUAUAUGUAAUUUCGGGUAUUGGCAGCCGUUUACAAAAGGGCGCCCAAAUGUUAAAAUAUAUGAAUAUGUCAGUGGAUCCAUGUGAGGAUUUCUACGAAUUUACCUGUGGCAAUUGGAAUCGUUAUCAUUCGGCAGCAAAGGGUGAUGCCACUUCGACGGGAUUACUGGAGAAUUUACAAAAAUCCUUAAGUGAAAAAUUAAUGGAGAUUUUGGUAACCCCAGAACAAGUAGAUACCAUGGUGGAUCGUAAGGUCAAAGAUUUCUAUAGAUCAUGUUUAAAUUUGGCGGCAUUGAAAAAUAAUUAUGCUUUGAAAUUACGGGAAUUAAUUGCGGAAUUUGGUGAAAUGCCAGCACUGGCGGGCCCAGCAUGGCAGGAACAGCAAUUUGAUUGGUUGGAAACGGUGGCUAAAAUUUCCUAUAAAUAUGGUAUCGGUAUUCUCACCCCAGCCGAGGUAAGCAUUGAUUUGGUGGAUACCCGGGUAAAUCGUUUAUAUAUGCGAACUGCAGAUUUAUCCCUGGGCAAUCAACAUGUCUAUUUGGAUAAGAGCAGUUCCCAGCUGCUGCAAGGUAUUACAAUUGUGGUCUAUUCCCGUCUCAUCGAUUUCCUCGGCAUGGAAGUGGAAUUGGCCAAGCGUACUGCAAAGGAAAUAAUUGAUUUUGAAAUAUCCUUGGCUCGGGGUAUUGAGGAUGUCAACACUGCCACGGAUUAUAGAGAUGUUAUUGCCUUGGAUACCAUCGAUUCCUUGCAGCAGAAAUAUGCAGGAUAUCUAGAUUUGAAGAAAUUGCUGUAUCUCUCCUUUGGCAGUCUACCCAAUCUGAAAGUGUAUUCCAAUCCGAAAUAUUUAAAACAUCUCAUUGAAUUAAUGCAUGUGACACCUCGACGUGUUGUGGCGAAUUAUAUUUUCUAUAAUCUCAUUAGGAAAUUCCUGGUAGAAGUACCCAAGACCCAGCAGAAAUUACAAGAAAAUUGUUUGAAAGGUAUGAAACCCCGAUUCUUUAAAAUAUUCGAUAAUAUGAUUUAUCGACGUUUUAUGUCCCGCGAAAUUGAGCAAGGUAUCCAUAGUAUGUGGGAGGAAAUAAAACACACCUUCAAACAAAAUUUGGCAUCGCAGAAAUAUCAUUGGAUCGAUGGCCAAAUACGCCGCUAUGCCAUUGAAAAAGUCAAUGCCAUGAAAAUGGAUAUUGUCUCUUACAAGGAUUAUGAUUUUCAAUCCUCCUUUGGUGCCCUAACUGUCAAUAAUCACGAUUAUAUUGAAAAUCUGAAAUCUCUUUAUGCAGUGGCAUCCAAAAAUCACCGAGAUUCUAUAACAAAGCCACCCAAACCCACCGAACUUGGAGAAGAGUUAUCCACCUCACCCGCAAAUAUUCUCAAUGAAAAUAUGGUCAAGGUUCCGGUAUCCAUGCUACAACCCUACCAAGUGUGGUCCACACAAUUCCCCAAUGCCUUCAAUUAUGCUGUCCUGGGUGCUUUACUCUCCCAUGAACUUAUCCAUGGCUUUGAUGAUGCCGGUCGGGGUUAUGAUUUACAUGGCAAACCUCUACAAUGGUGGGAUCUACUCUCUUCCAUUUAUUUCCAAGAACGUUCCGAGUGUUUCAAUGAACAAUAUCACGGUUAUGUUUUUCACAAUCGCCAUCUACCCUAUAUGUCUCAAGAUGAAAAUAUUGCCGAUAAUGGUGGAGUACGUCUUGCGUAUAAUGCCUAUUUGAAUUGGUAUCGUGAUGCGCUGCAAAAAUAUCCCCAUCAAAUAUCAGAAACAAUGCCUGGCCUUAAUUUUAGUGAUAAAAAGCUAUUUUUCAUUAGUUAUGGUCAGCUGUGGUGUGGGGAUAUCAAUCCUCUUAUUCGCCAAUAUCAAGAGUCGACAGAUGCCCAUGUACCGGAUAAAUUUCGAGUUAUUGGUCCUCUAUCAAAUUUUGAGGAAUUUUCGAAGGAAUUCCAAUGUCCACCCGGCAGUGGUAUGAACCCCAUUAAGAAGUGUGAAAUUUAUUAG